AUGUCAACGCGGAUAUGUCUCGUCAGUAGAAAUAUAUCUAUUGACCAUUCUGUGCUAGGUGGGAAUACUCUGGCAAUAGGACUGGCGAGAGGCUAUCUACAGUCGAGGUUAGGUGUUGGACUCAGUCAUCGAAGCGCUCAUACUGGAACUAGAUCAGUUGGAAAAGUGAGCAUAAGGAAUACAAGACUAUUGGCGGGGUCAAUUCUGAAUGAUGUAGUUAAGGGGUUUAGACCUGCUAUAACAUCGGACGCUAAUAAUGUUUCUGGAGCAUUAUUUUCGAGAACGUUUAUGAGCACACCCAAUGCAUCUGCUGGCAAGCAAGCUGCUAAUUCUAAUAAAACAACAGAUGGACCAAUAGAUUCAUCAUCAAACCUCUCACAAGGCACACAGCCAGACUCUUCUGUUCAGCAAGCACCUGCAGAUUUCACAAAAUCGGAGAAAGCUAUUCAGGCUGCUCAGGUGAAUUUAGCAGCCAGACUGCCUCAACAUGCAAAUGGUGCUAGUGGUAGUGGGUCCAGAAAAGAGAUUUUUCGUCUAUUCUCGCUUGUAAGGGGUGAGAAGAAAAACUUGGCAGCUGCCAUGGCUCUUUUACUCCUGUCCUCAGGUGUAACUUUAACUCUACCCUGGGUUAUUGGUAAAAUAUUGGAUGCAGUAAAUAAUGCAACUCCCACAGAGCCGCCUCUUGUAUUUGGAUUACCAUUAAGCCAUUUCUUCAUAGGUCUUGGAUCUGUGUUCCUGGUUGGCAGUGCAGCGGUGUUCGGUAGAACUGUUCUCUUACGAACAAUUGGUGAGAGAGUAGUGUCCAAACUACGUUUGGCUAUCUUCAAAAAAACUAUUUCUCAGGAUGCGGAAUUUUUUGAUGCCAAUAGAGUCGGUGAUUUGAUUUCAAGACUAACAACAGAUGCAAAUGUUGUAUCGAAAUCGGUCACUCAGAAUAUUGCUGAUGGUCUGCGAUCCACUUUGAGUGCUAUAAUGGGCGUGGGAAUGAUGAGUUACAUUUCGCUAGAACUAACUAGCACAAUAAUGCUUGUAUUACCUCCUGUUCUUGCUGGAACCUGGCUCUACGGAAGAAAGGUGCGCCAGAUUUCUAGAAAUUUCCAAGUCGCCCUUGGUUCGCUUACAAAAGUUUCUGAAGAACGAUUUAGUAAUGUUCGUACUGCUCAAUCCUUCGUAGGAGAGUCACAAGAAGUAAGGCUUUACGCUGAUCGGGUAAGAGAGGUUUUCGGCAUUGCCAAACAAGAAGCCGUCGCGAAUGGAACUUUUUUUUCAAUUGUUCAGUUAACGGGAAAUUUCGCUCUUAUGGGAUUAUUGGCCAUUGGAGCUAAUAUGGUAACUAGUGGAUCUCUAACAUUUGGCCAACUGACAAGUUACAUAAUGUAUACUGCUUACGCUGGAUCGGCUGUAAGUGGUAUAGGCAACUUUUACAGUGAGCUCAUGAAGGGAUCUGGGGCAGCUUCGAGGCUUUUCGAAAUCAUGGACAGAAAUCCAUCCAUCCACCCAUCCAAAGGUGAAAAGUUGGAGAAUCCAAGAGGAAUAAUCAAAUUUGAAAAUGUCAAGUUUGCUUACCCAACUCGACCUGCUGUAAAUAUUUUCCAAAACCUGACAUUUACCAUUCCUCCAGGAAGCAAUGUUUGUAUUGUUGGCCCAUCUGGUGGCGGUAAAUCCACUAUUUCAUCACUAUUAUUACGAUUUUAUGACCCAUUGGAAGGAUCUAUCUCUAUCGGCAAACAGAAAUUAAAGGAUGUAAGCGUUAAAUCCUUGCGUCGAAAUGUAGGUGUAGUAUCGCAGGAACCGGUUCUAUUCAGUGGCACUAUUGCCGAGAAUAUUGCCUACUCUGUUCCUGGAGCUACAAGAGAACAGAUUUUUGAGGCUGCUAAAAAGGCCAAUUGUAGUUUUAUUUCAGAUUUCCCUGAUGGACUUGACACCCUGGUAGGUGCUCGUGGAGCUCAGUUGAGUGGCGGUCAGAAGCAGAGGAUUGCCAUUGCCCGUGCUUUAAUAAAAAGUCCAUCUAUCCUUAUUUUAGAUGAGGCAACGUCAGCAUUAGAUGCCGAGUCUGAGUCGUCUGUCAAUAAGGCUCUCGUCAAUCUGAUGAAGGAGAAGUCAACCACAAUCUCGAUUGCACACAGACUAUCUACUAUCAGUAGAAGUGAUCAAGUUAUUGUUCUUGGCCAAGGAGGCUAUGUUGCUGAGCAAGGUAAGUUCAAGGAGCUGUAUGCCGACCCACACAGUGCAUUGUCUCAGCUUCUCCAAGCUCGCAGUGAUAUUCUCCCUGAUAAUGUUUCCCACUCUUUCACUGAAACCCCCGAACGGUUGGAAGAAACCGAGGCAGACAAGGAGGAGGCCAUGGUUGAAAUUGACCAAGAGCUCAAGCGCGAAAUGGAGGAAGAAGAUGAUGAUAGAAAUUUGAAUUACAUUAAAUGA